AUGGAGGAAGUCCUCAAGGAACUACAAGAUUUGAAGAAGACCGAAAUAAAAAAGGAGGAAGUCUUGAAGGAACUACAAGAUGAUGCCCGGACGCUUGCUGGUCUGAUUGAAGACAUGAAUUGGGAGAAACUCCGUACAGCCAUUCAUGAACGCAAAGAAGAACUCAAAGAGGUCGAUGACAGUCGAGGGUGGACCAUACUUCACCGUUUAUGUGCUCUACCACCUGUUCCAAAGGACAUCUUUCAGAGUGUGGUGAAAUUGUGCCCUGAAGCCACCAAAGUCCGUGACAAGAAAUGGGGCCAAACACCUUUGCAUGUGCUAUGUUGGAACAGUCAAAAGACGGUGGGUAAAAUUCAAAUCCUUCUGCAGCACAUGCCUCCAGAAGAUUUGUUGAUUGGUACACAUCUUGGGGGAUCAGCUUUGCACUGCGCAUGUUCGGGUCAUGCGUUUCUUCCUGUCCAUCAGGAACUGAUUCGAGCCAAUCCCAAGAUUGUACUUGUCAAGUCUCGCGAGUACAAGCACACGGCAUUGGUGGCCUUAUGGCAAUCACAUUUGAAUACAAUUCAGGGACACAUGCAAGUUGCUAGAAUUUUAAAAGGAGAGACAGUAGAAGAACGGCAUUUCAAGAGAUUCUGGGAAAAGGUUGUAUUGAUGGCGACUACUGCUUUCAAGCUAUCACCAACCUACAGUCCCGAGAUGAACAACGAUAUUGAAAGAUAUGCUCUACAUGGUCUUCAGUUCCUUCGGGCACCGUUGAAGACACAGCAGGUUGCCAUCAAACUACACCCGGAAUGGGUGUCUGUCGCAGAUAGCGAAGGAAACUACCCACUACAUAAUGUCAUCAUUCGAAGGCCCUUCAGAAUAAAGGAUAUUCACCUCAUCAAGGAUCUAGUGGCCGUUUACCCAGAAGCUGCGUCCAAGCGGAACGCCAGAGGGGACGAACCCAUUUUUAUUGCCUUACGAGAACGAAUGGCUUGGGAUGCUGGGGUAGAAGCUUUGGUCAAAGCCCAACCGGAGAUUCUUUCCUCCAUGGAUCGUGAGACUGGACUGUGUCCGUUUCUUCUCGCAGCUUCUCUGGAUGGAAAGGUUGCCGUGGAAACUACCUACCAACUGCUUAGUGAAAACCCACAUGUUGCCAAAGUGUAG